AUGGCACCCCCUCGUCAAAGUCCGAUUGCUUGGCCGGCUAAGUUUGAUCGGCAACGGCGUGAACUGGACGACCGGUACGGGCGCCGCUGGAUCGCUGCGGAAGAGCGUCUUUUGUGGACCGCGUUGGAGGCGCCCCGAAGAUCGGAAGCCGUGGAGCCGUGGAUCGGUGCCAUCACCCGGCUCUCGGAGGCGGUGCUGAGAGAGGACCUGGAAAAGGCGGACAACGUGGUGAAUUUGGCUUCCAAGUUCAAUCUCUUGAAUUCCCUAGAUAAAGCCUUCCUGGAGACUUUGAAAGGAGAGCUUCUUCCACAGCGGUUGACCGCCGUGGCAUCCUUGCAGCGAACGGGAAUCCCCGAGGCCGUGGAAGUGCUUGGCCUGGUGCUCCGGGAACUUUGGGCUCGCGUCACGGGAGGCAACUCCAAGCUCUCUAGCCAAGGGACAGCGCAGUUGCAGCGACUGCUGGAUUUGACGAAGAAGGCCAUCGCAGACUGGGAGCGAGUGAAGGAUCCAAACCAGAUCGAGUGGUGUGGCCACUUCUGCGGACCGAUUUGGUCGCUCCGGCAGAGUGGUGGCGAGGGUCCUCCGGGUCCUGUGGACUACGACGUGGCCAAGCAGGAUUUGAGAGAUCUGGUGGAGAAAGCCCAAGGCAUUCUGACUUCAAGGCAGCUUCCAGUGGAUCAGCCGCACCGAGGAGGUGCAGAACCAGCAAGUGAAGGUGCGAGACCAAGUGCACUGGAGGUGGAGGAUGAGCUUCGACUGAUGAGACAAGACUUGAAUGAGUUGAAGGACUUGACGUUGAGGUUGAAGGAAGAAGUGUCAACAUCUCAUCAGGACAAGUUGCAGAUGAAGGAGGAGUUGGAGAAGCUGAUGUCGGAGAAUGGCACUUUGAAAUGCCAGGUGACGGAGAUGGAUGACAGGUUGAAGAAGAUGGAACACGAGUCUUCAGCUGAGAAGGAGCUGCACCAGAAACUGCAGUGUGAAAACCUGAGGAUGAAGGAUGAGCUGAUGGAGCUGCAGAAUGAGAAGCUGAAGAUGAAUGAGGAGAGCUUGAGGCACCAAGUAGCCCAUGUUGAGGAUGAGAUGAAGGAGUUGAAGAAAGAGAUCUUGAUUGCUCAGGAAAGUCAGCAGAGCCUGGCAGAUUUACAGGUCGAAGCGAAUCAACUAGUGCACAUUGACGAGGAUCUCAGGACAUUGGAAUCAGAAUUGCUGAACACCAAGUUUGAAUUGAAGGAGUUCAGAUUGAAACAUGACGCGUCCGGUGUGAAAGCAGGUUUUGAGAAGCUGGAGUUGCAGAGAGAGCUUCUCAACAUGAAGAAACAUUUGCAUGAGGUGAGCAUGAAGUAUGAUCGCUUCACCUUCAAUGGCAACUUGAAGAUGAAGAGAGGCGUGGGUGAGGUAAAGCUGCUCAGCGAAGGUUUGGGCUUCUCAGUAGACACAAGUGGCCCCCAUUGCUUCAUGGUCGAUGCCAUCUUGAAGACACCGCUUGGCUCCUUCUUGAGCGGUCAGCAGUUGUCGAAAGGCACUGAGAUCCUCGCGGCCGACGGGUCCACCGUCUUGGUGGUGCCAGCAGCGCAGCUAAAAGUGGGAGAUGAGGUUGUAGUCGACGGUGUUCCCACGAAGCUGACUUCUGUCCACUCCAUCCCAGGCGAAGUGCGGGUUUUGAAGAUCACCUUCCAGCCGGACCUGCCAGUGGCGGUGUUUCAUCCUCAGCCAUGCAUCCAUAGCCUUGGUCACAAGCCCAAGAAGCCUCACCGUGGCGGAAAGCGUCAUCGCAUGGUCAAUGAUGGAGCAGAUUCUGCCAGUAUCCCGGACACACAGGGCUACUUAACUGACUGA